AUGAUAAUAAUCGUUGCAAGUAUUUUAUUAAUAAUGCAAGUAACAUGGGUUUCCAACAACCAGACGAGUUGUGACGAGAAAGGCCCUUUAUGUGGAAACGAUGGCAAUACUUAUGGUAACCUGUGCGAGCUUAUAUGGGCAAGAAUUAACGACCCAGACCUUCAAAUACUGCAUGAUGGUACCUGUACCGGCCAAGGAGUUGCAGGCGACGCCUCCCAAAACGAAGUUAAAUUGGUAAUGGCAUUAAAAUCUAAGACGCCUACAAAGCAUGAUCACAAGAAGAUUAAGGACUUAAUGCCUCCUGGAUGGCCUCCUAUUGGCUUAUUGCCAUCAAAUGUAGAGAAGAUAAAGGACUAA